AUGACUCAGCUGCUGAGCAAUAUCAAAGGCAUUAUCAAUGCUUUCUACAUGUCCGCAAAGAAGGAUGGCGCCUGCCCCACGCUGAGCAAGGGGGAGCUGAGGCAGCUCAUCCGCCAGGAGUUUGCUGAUGUGACUGUGGUCCCCCAGGGUCUCCAGACCGUAGACAAGAUGCUGCAGCUGCUGGACACUGACCGAGAUGGCAGACUUGACUUCAACGGGUUUCUCCUUCUGAUCUUCCAAGUGGCCAAGGCUUGUGACAGGGAAGUAAGCCAGGGUCAGCGACCCGGCCACGGUGGAAGCUCAGCGUCCCAGGGAGAAACAAAUUGCGGGGGGCGCACACAGGAGCCUCCGACACCAGAGCGCGACCCAAGCCCGCGUCAGGCUCCAGAGUUACAGAUUUCAGAGCAGGACCGAAGCCCCCAUCAGGCCCCCGAGCCUCAAACACCAGAGCAGGACCCGAGUCCCCGUCAGGCCCCCGAGCCUCAAACACCAGAGCAGGAUUCGAGUCCCCAACAGGCCCCAGAGCCCCAGACACUAGAGCGGGACCCAAGUCCCUGUCAGGCCCCAGAGCCCGAGAUACCGGCGCAGGAUCUGAGCCCUCAUCAGGCCCUCGAGCCUCAAACACCAGAGCAGGAUUCGAGUCCCGGUCAGGCUCCAGAGCCCCCAAUACCAGAGCAGGACCCGAGUCCCCGUCAGGCCCCGGAGCCUCAAACACCAGAGCAGGAUUCGAGUCCCCGUCAGGCCCCGGAGCCUCAAACACCAGAGCAGGAUUCGAGUCCCCGUCAGGCCCCGGAGCCUCAAACACCAGAGCAGGAUUCGAGUCCCCGUCAGGCCCCGGAGCCUCAAACACCAGAGCAGGAUUCGAGUCCCCGUCAGGCCCCGGAGACUCAAACACCAGAGCAGGAUUCGAGUCCCCGUCAGGCCCCGGAGCCCCAGAUACCGGAGCAGGACCUGAGCCCCCAUCAGGCCCUCGAGCCUCAAACACCAGAGCAGGAUUCGAGUCCCGGUCAGGCUCCAGAGCCCCCAAUACCAGAGCAGGACCCGAGUCCCCGUCAGGCCCCGGAGCCUCAAACACCAGAGCAGGAUUCAAGUCCCCAUCAGGUCUCUGAGUCCCAGACACCAGAGCAGGACCCAAGCCCCUGUCAGGGUCCAGAACCCCAGACGCCAGAGCAGGACCUGAGCCCUAGCGAGACACAACUUCCACCGGCACAGCAGCGAAACCCAGGUGCUCGGGACCCGAGAGAACCUGCUGCAGGACAAGCCUCUAAAUCUCCUGAGGGCCUGUACUCCUGGCAUUAUCAGAAGCCACUACCCUUUCCUCACUGGUGGCCACCAAAGAAGUAA